AAAAGGACAUCCGGUUCCGCUGUCGGUUGUGUUCGCUGUCGUAGGGUUUUAGUGGCUUCUUCCCCAGAGUCCUGGAUCACUGUUUGGAUUUCCUGCUGCCACGGGCCGAUCCCACGCCAUUCCCUGCCCCUCGGCGCCUGGAGUGAUCCCGGCCUCCCCGCGAGGGUGAGCGAGAUAUUACAUAGGAAAAAUUAGACUUGUUAUACUUCAAGUCUUGGCAGCCUACCUGUCAUCUGAAUAGCACAAAAAAGUGAUGUAAACUGGGAAGACAGCAAAAUGCCUAAAAAAAAGACUGGCGCGAGGAAGAAGGCUGAGAAUCGUCGGGAACGUGAAAAACAACUAAGAGCAUCAAGGAGCACCAUAGAUUUAGCCAAACACCCAUGUAAUGCUUCAAUGGAAUGUGACAAGUGUCAGAGGAGGCAGAAGAAUAGAGCAUUUUGCUAUUUUUGUAGUUCUGUUCAGAAGUUACCGAUUUGUGCACAGUGUGGGAAAACAAAGUGUAUGAUGAAGUCUUCAGACUGUGUUAUAAAGCACGCUGGUGUUUACAGUACUGGCCUUGCGAUGGUGGGUGCAAUAUGUGACUUUUGUGAAGCUUGGGUUUGCCAUGGAAGGAAGUGUCUGAGCACACAUGCCUGUGCUUGCCCUCUGACUGAUGCUGAGUGUGUUGAGUGUGAACGGGGUGUCUGGGACCAUGGCGGCAGAAUAUUCAGCUGUUCUUUUUGCCAUAACUUUCUCUGUGAAGAUGAUCAGUUUGAGCAUCAAGCCAGCUGCCAGGUUUUAGAGGCAGAAACAUUUAAGUGUGUUUCGUGCAAUCGGCUUGGCCAGCAUUCUUGUCUCCGUUGUAAGGCUUGUUUCUGUGAUGAGCAUACAAGGAGCAAGGUAUUUAAGCAGGAAAAAGGAAAACAGCCUCCCUGCCCUAAAUGUGGACACGAAACUCAGGAGACUAAAGAUCUUAGCAUGUCAACACGCUCCCUGAAAUUUGGCAGGCAGACUGGAGGUGAAGAGGGUGAUGAAGCUUCUGGGUACGAUGCCUAUUGGAAGAACCUUUCAUCUGACAAGUGUGGUGAUACCAGCUACCAGGAUGAGGAGGAAGAUGAGUAUGAAGCAGAAGAUGAUGAGGAGGAAGAAGAUGAAGGUGGAAAGGAUUCAGAUACUGAGUCAUCAGAUUUGUUUACUAAUCUGAAUAUAGGAAGAACCUAUGCCAGUGGCUAUGCUCACUACGAGGAACAGGAGAACUAGGAGAGCUGUUUGCCCGUUGGUGGCUGGUGUCAGAUGAGCAGAGGUGUGUGUGCUUGAUGCCUCAUGUGGGGACGUUCCAAAGUACUGUCACUUAACCUUGUGCAAAAGACUAGUCAUGCUUCGUGGGGCGAGGAGUGGGGCAUGGCAUUUUUAUAGCAACUCAUAAUCAGGCUUCUAUCAUGAGGAAAAAGGAGUUUCAAAUGGAAGGUUUUUAUUGAUCUAAGCAAUUGAAGCAUCAUGAAUUGGAUUAGUAUUGAUUUCAGUGAUCUAGUAGGUUUUGCCAAUUAGAUACAUAUACAGGAUAAAGGAAUAGGAUGGUAAUAUAUUUGAAAUUGUGGUUUUUAUUAAAAAACUGCUCAUCAGUUCACUCUGUCUGGUUUUGUAAAAUGUAAUGGGUAAAAUGAAUUAUUGCCUUCUUCCUUUUAUGUCCGUAGACUAAGUCAUAUGUUGUUAUAUUCCAAAUUUUCAUUAAAUAUUCAUGUUAUCUUAGGUAGUCGUGAUAUGUAUGUUUUAGUGAUUGACUUUCCUCUUUAUUCACAGUAUAUGUCCAGAACAGUACCUAUUAUUAAUGCCUAAAUGUAUAGACAAAAGUGACUACUCAGCCAUUUUUCAGUGACACAACUUCACGAAUAGUAUUAUUACACAGAUGCUUUACCCAGGAAAUUUCAUUUUUCAUUGAAUAAAUCUAGUAUUUCACUUACGUAUUUUUGAUGUUUAAUCUCUUGUUCUAAAAAUAAUUUUUAAAACUUAUUUUGGAAAGCAUUCAGUUAUGUUUGUAUCAACUACUUUUUUUUGCCUAAUAUACCAAAGCGGUAGCCAAGAUUGAUGGUGUGGUAGGCACAUGGUGUGCUGUGCAGACACCAUUCUUGAUGUUAGGGGAAGAACAGACAGUCCCUGGCACAAGGUCCAGCUGUUAAUACUUGCAUUGGCAGUGAAUUGGGAUGCUGGAAUGGUAAAAGGGAAUGCAUUAGCAGGCUGGAUUGCAUUUGAGAUGUAUGGAGAAAAUUGUAGCUUUGUGGAUACUGGGUUGGAUGGCUAUUGCCAAACCACUCUUGUUCUACAGAAAGAUAAUGAACAGCUGAGGGCCGUAACAGGCAAUGGAAAGCCAGGUGUGAAAGCCAGAGAGCAGCUUGUUGUGUACAAAAAAGCUUUCAUCUGUUGCAGCAGGAGGGCCCAGAAAACUGAGGACCAAGCCCAAGACUUAAUAGUCUGAAUGGAUAAACCAGACAGUUGCCAGCCAAGGUGGACUGCUAUCCCAAGGUCAGGGCACUACUUGGAAAAACAUGAGACCCUGACAAGUAGAUGGAGAUAGGUAUCUGAGUGAUGGCCCAGAAGUUCUUCAUUGCUCAGACUCCUGAACUUUCUGACCCUGCAGUCAUAGCCCAUCGUGUCCUAUUCAGGGUAGUCAUUCCCCACUCUACCUCCUAUAGCUGGAAGACAAUGUAGAGGCCUCUUUGUCCCUUUCCCCCAGGCAACAUGAGCCCUCCUCAGGACCUGACCCCAUCCUGGCCACUACACCUAAAAUUAAGGUUAUGCAGUUAUAAUUACGGUUGAGCAAAACUCAGAUGAAGUGGUGCUGGGCCGAAAGAGGGAAGGAACAGACCGUAUCUCAAAGAAGCUGCAAGAAUUAGCCACCAUGUACUGGCAGAAGCUCAAGGACUGUGCUUGGGACUGGAACCUGAGGGUGAUUGAUCAAGAGGGCCAGAACAUAAAAUUAGGGGAGAAUUUGAUGUCAGUCCCCAUUCUGGAUCCUGGGAUUGCCGCGUAAGAGCUAUCUCAAGUUACAGGAUUUAACACCCCGGCAGGGAUCUUAGGAGAUGGUAUGAAAUGACUAUCAGGAUAGUUUCUAGAAGCAUGGAAAAAGCAAUGGCUCAUCCUGAGCAAAGCUGAACUGGCAGAAUUGCGGCAGAUAGUGGAGGAAGGGCUUAAACAUUGAGGGAAGUGGGUGUGCUGGAGUGGAGAGACCUAGCUGGAAGAUCCAUUAGAUGAUUAUGUUCUACAGCAGGGCACACUGUUUAACAAGGUCAUAAAGACAGGAGCUGAUGACCAGAGCAGGAAAUCACUAAAAAGUUUAGCAGAGGCCCUCUGUAGGCCAGUGCUGGUAGUACAAUGAAACUAUUAAGCUAUUAAGCACCUCAGCUUGCUGAUAGCAGAGGGGGUGAUAAGACCCUGAAACAAUAGUAGCCAAGUGAUGAAAUAGUAGUAGCCAAAAGACUGGCAGCCACAGCCAUCCUAAUGACUGUUACAGUGAAAUUGAUGGCCAAAGAGCCCUGACCUGCAGAGAGUUAAUGGGCAUUAAUGGAACACAGCACUCUUAGGGGCAAAAUGGCACCCAACAAGAGCACUACUCAACAUAUGCUGUUAGCUAAAAUCAAGGAUGAAUAACAUGAAGGCUGAUGGUGGCCACCCCAAUAAAAAGUCCCCAUCUCUUGCUAAGUUCUUGGACCCAAGUCACUUUUCAGAUUUGAAACCCACUGACUGAAGAUGGUGGCUGGGUCCCAGGAAGAAAGACUGCAACAUAAUGGCAUCUAUACAUUACCAGCUAUUCAUUCCCCUAGUUCUUCCCCAAAGGGACCUACAGCCACUUGGGUAAUUCUACUCUGGGAAAAGAGGAAAUUCAAUGUAUUUUAAGGGCUGUUGGGCAGAGUCUGAGUAGACACUGAUACCCAGAGACUAGAAGUAUCGUGGCUCCCUGUCAGAGUGAAGGAGGAGUUGGGCACGCUGGCCAAGUUUCUGAUCACAGUGGUUUCACUGGGUCUGUGGACCAACGUGUUGGCCAUAUCCCAGGUCCCCAAGUGUGUGUGUGUGUGUGUGUAUACAUAAGCAUUGACUAUAUAUACAGGUAGUCCCUGACUUAGGAGUUGUGACAAACCGUAUCAUCAGUGAUAUAUACUACAUACAGUGUUGCAGUGCAUCAUUUGCUGUUUUCAGAUGUUUAUUUGCAGAUGUUCAAAGAUGGGAUUUAUAAAGAUACUGAUAAUAAAAGGCAAUAAUAAUGAAAACUAAAAAAAAAGUCUGCCAAAGUCUUAUAUGUCAGAACCAGCUUAUGAUGGAGUUGAUGGAAUGGAAUCCCGUCAUAAGUCAGGGACUACCUGUAUAUAUGAAGUACAUACUUGGCAGUUGGUGCAACUCCCACACUGGAUCCUUGGAUUGCAAGAUAAUGAGAACUAUCUUAGGAAGCCAAGUGAAAGCCUCCGAAACUGCCUGCCCCACUCACCCCUCCUUUAUCCCAGUCAGGAUAGUAAAUGAAAAGCAAUAUUAUAGCCUGGAGCGAUGGUAGAAAUUAGUGCCUCCAUUAGGGAUCUAAAGGAUGCAGAAAUGGUGGCCCCAUCGCACCUGUGUUAAUUCACUAGUCUGGCCUCUGCAGAAACAGGAUGGGUCCUGGAAAAUCACUAUAGGUAACUAUGAGCUCAACCAAGUAGUAGCGCCGAUUUCAACUGCUAUGCUAGAUACAGUAUUUUUGUGAAAGCAGAUAAAUAUUGGCUUAUGUACGUAGAAGCCCUGGUGGUGCAGUGGUUAAGCGUUCAGCUUCUAACCAAAUUAGGGUCAAGUGGAAUCCACUCGAAGGCAAGUGAAUUGGGUUUUUUGUAUUUCGUGUGUGUGUGUUUUAAAGUACAUAGAAUGUAGCCUUUGAUUAUGCAAAUACAUUCUUUUCUAUUCCAUUCAGAAAAGGGCAUAAGAAAUAGUUUGCAUUUACAUGGACUGGACAAUAUACAUUCAUUGCUUUGCCCCAGGGCUUUGUUAACUCUUCCACGUAAUCCUAAAUAACAUAAAUCUAUUACAUUAAUGAAAUUAUGUUCAUGAAGCUGGAUGAGCAAGAAGUGUCUAGAAUGCUGAAGCCUUGGUAAGACAUACAUGUUACAGUGUGUAGGAGAUAAACCUUAUGAACUUUCAGGGGCCUGCCACAUCCAUAAAAUUUGGGGGCCCAUUGUCCAGAGACAGGUUGGUGCAUCACCUUCAAGGUAAAAGACAAACUACUGCAUACACCUCCUACCAUGAAGAAGGAAGCACAAUGCCUGGUGAACCUCCUUGGGUUCUGGAGGCAGCAUACUCCAUAUCUAAGGAUAGUUCUCUGACCCAUUUACCAGUUGAUGGCAAAGGCUGCCAGGUUUUAGUGGUGCCCACAGCAGGAAAGCAUUCUGUGACAGGUCCAGGCUGCAGUGGAAGCAGCCCUGCUCCUUGGGCCAGAGGGUAGAUGCUGUAGUAUAGGAGGCAUCAGUGAUAAGAAAAGAUGCUCUGUGGAGUCUGUGGCAAGUCACAGUGGGAGAAUUACAAUGCAGCCUCUGGGGCUCUAGAGGAAGACCAGGCCAUCUGCAUUAGAGACAUAUAUAUACCUUUUGAAAAACAAUUGCUGGCAUGCUGCUGGAUUGUAGAAGCCCAAGUGACCACGCAGCCAGAAUUGCCCAUCCUAAGCUGGACUCUGUCAGACCCGCCAGGUCAUAAUCUCAGGAAGGCCCAGGGGAAAAAAAAAAAUCAUAAUAUGGAAGUAGUACAUCAAGGAUUAAGCAUGGGCAGGACCAAAGGGCAUAAGCAAGCUGUACAAACAGGUAGCCCACAUCCCCAUGACUUCUGCUACUGUGGCCCUGAUGCCCCUCUGCUCUGCUCUAUGAUUGAAUGGGGAAAUCUCAUAUGACCUGCUAA